AUGAGCUUCCUGCGGCUUAGUUUGCUCCUUUGUGCGGCCUCGGCCUCUGCCAGCUGCGUGAUAACUGCCCAGGUCUGCCAGAACUUCCCGGACUUCAGCAGGACACAGUUCCGAGACCUUCUGGGCGAGCUGCACUUGGGCUCCGCUGGAUCAGAAGCAGUUUGCUUGAAACGUGCCGAGGACUUCCACCAUUGGUGCGGGAACAAUGCGAGCACUUCUGUGGCUUCUACCUUCAUGCUGGACAAGACACAGUUCUAUGACCCAAGUGACUCGUCCAAGGGAUAG